AUGCCGACAUGCAUGAAUCUCGUGUUCCUUUCGCGAAAUGACGUCAUGUUCAAACGUUGUGCACAUAUCUGUGAUCUUUUACCCAGCGCCCACCAAGCAGCCGCUGCUCGCUUUAGCAUUUUCUACAUGCAUUUUCCUAUCAUCGGCAUGUCCACUCCAUGCCAAGUCAAGGCCUUUUUGCAGGUACAUUCCUCUUCCAAGAAUGGCUCUCUUCUGGAGAUUGAGGUGAAAUUCAUAUCUCCAAUCAACCAGGUCCAGUUCUCCCUCUCAGCACAGCUGCUCUAUCUGCUUGAAAAUGCACCAUCCAAGGGUCCAACGACAGACACCCACGCGCAUCUUCAACUGGCGGAUGCAAAACUGUAUGCAGGUGCACUGGAGAAGCUUAACCCCACGUUGUUGUCCCUCGUUUCGUCAAAACCUGUCGUUUGUCCAAACACUGCACCGAUACCCAUCUCCAAACACACCGCUCUGCCUCACUUCCUCGACCCGAGCAGCUCAUUUAUCCCCCCUAAAGUGCCAGUCAGACGUACACCACUAACUUCAACAACCAAGUGGCAAACAGCACACGUGGCACAAGUCAGCUGCACCAAGCUUAUGGGCUGUCUUCGCUGUUGUGGCGAUUCUGCAAGCGCCACAAGUGCCCGCAUAUUAGUGGCGAAAUACAUCCCGUCGAUCGAUGAUGUGAACUUGCUUGAAUUUUCGUGGGAAGCUCCAUUCCGAGCACCCGUUGGUAUUAUGGUGACCUUUACCAAGAACGGUGAGGGAAAAGUCCUGGAAGAAGAUGGUUUCCAAUGGAGUUGGAAAAUCUGCACGGGACCAAAGUUUCGCGGAUUGACCCAUGGACACGGAAAGGGGGACGCCGUUUCAAAGCCCAGGGGCACAAUUUACGUGCCAAUCCGCAGAGCCUAUUAUACGUCCUUGUCUUCUCUCUUGCCAACUAGUGUUAGAGAUAUGGUCGCCACCAGUACCUCACUUUUCGUCCAGUCUGUGGCAACUGUAGAUGAUUCGCGACAAAGCCGCGAGUCACUCUCCCUACCUCUUAAAUCUGAUCGGCAACUAUCCAAGCCUAUCGUGGUCCUCCGCUCUGAAACAGCUUUUGCAACUACAGCCCCUAGAACUACCCAAAAUCUGACAAUUUGCGGCAGAAACGGUGUCGUUUGUUCGUUGGGCGUAGAAUGCUCUCCAUUGGUCGAAGAGUGUAUGCACGAUGACGGCAGGUCUCAGAUGCCUGAGAGUCUUAGCCCAUCAAACUGCCAGCGCAAUGGUAUCAAUCUUAAGCCAGAAACGUCUAGGGAUCUCUUGUCUGUGUUCGUCGAUGGACCAAAAUUGAAGGCGAAAUUUGACGAUAACAGUGCUGUUGCAAUGGCGGAGGUAUCCGUAACAUUAUUGACGGCAGAUACAUGGAGGAAUUGCCAUGACUCGUUUAGGACUAGCGCAAGGGCAAGUAUCUAUUUCCGCGAUUACGAUGUUUUCCUUCUCGGAGAUAUCAACCCAACUCGGAAAGUCCGCGGGAGCUCUAAUGCCGCACUUAUGAAUAUUGAAGAAGAAGGAAAAAAGAAUUGUAUCGAUCUUCGCCAAAAGCACAAUUGCUUACGCCAAUUUGCAGAGAAAGAUAGCCACUCCCCUCUUUCCAAAGUAUCCAAGCAUAUACCAAAGCUAACCAUUACUUCCACACUACCUCCCCUUUCCUCGAUGUGUACGUGUGUUGCUUCCGCCAAUCCUGAAGCCAAAGUCGAUGGGAGAAAGAAAUGUAAAGACGUAUCAGGUCUCCCAAAGAGCCGUGGUAUCUUUGAAGCAGAUAUUCAAAACGCCGUAAUGUGGAAUGAUUCCACCAGAAUAGAAUAUUCCGUAAAAGCGACCAUCCAGCGCUAUGGUUGUACGAAUAGUACAGUGUCAUUAGUUUUGGUCAUUCAUUGA